GGAUAAUCAAAAGUGUGCGUAGGGAGAUGUGAUUGAGGAAAAACAAGAAUAAGUAGUAGAACACGUGAGGAAGACCAAAAAUAAGAAUACACGACCGUAGAACACGACUCGAAUGCUUGAUUGUUUGAAAACUAUAUCCGCUUCACCAAUCGCUAGUACAACAGGAAUUAUACGAACAACGACAAGUGGAAGAACACGUAAUAUUGUAAGAAGUGUCUUUUCUUUUUCUUUCACUACCCCAAUAGCAGCUAUUAUACCUACGAGGACUACAAGUUGUAUUCUCUUCAAUCGCAGUAAACAUUUUGGAUCUUGUUCCUACUUUUCAUUUUCCAGCUCGUGGUACCCGUUGAAAAAUACCUACAACACUAACAUAAGCAUAUCAGCCCUCACCACAACAACCACCAAUCCAACAACAAUCAAAAUGGCUGCUCCAAGCAACAAAAAGUACGUGGACGCACGUCCAGAUGUGGAGGGGCUCACGAAGCGCCGUUUCUUCUUCCGCCAAGCUUCCGAUAUCUACGGUGGCGCUGCCGGUUUCUUCGCCUACGGCCCACCAGGUUGCGCUAUGAAGAACAAUUUAUUUGCGUUGUGGAGACAGCACUUCGUUGUCGAAGAAGAUUUGAUGGAAAUCGAAGAUACGUGCAUUAUGCAGGUAGAACAAGAUGUUGCUUUUCAACUAUAUUAAAAUUAAGUUUAACUUUGAUUAUUAGUCACCCAAGGACUAGCCAGGUGCCGGGGGGCUCGAUGUGCAGGGUUCACAACCUAACCUAACCUAACGAUAAAGGAACUUAUAACAAGUUACUUUUUCGCUAUCGUUACUAGCGUGGGCGUGAGGGUGCUGAGUACUUAUUUGUAUUUUUAACACUUUCUACAGACUUCGACUCGUUUUCAUUCAUCCGAAUAUAAUUAUAGACUACCUGCUCAUCCAACCAUUUCUUUGUCCUGUUCCUACACCAUGGCAUCAACCCCCAAUGAAUACCACUUACAUAUAAAUCAACAGGAGCGAGUCCUGAAGGCCUCUGGUCACGUUGAGAAGUUUUCUGAUUUCGUAGUCAAGGAUAGCUUGAACCCAGAAAAGUUUUGGCGAGCUGACAAGCUCCUCGAAGAGGAGAUGGAAAAGAGAAUCGCUGGCACACAGGAUGAAAAUUUGAAAAAGGAAUACAAAGUUGUCAUCAACAGUGCUGAUGGCUUCGAUGCGAAGGGAUUGGUUGAGGUAAUUGAUUUUUGUUGGUCUAAGAAACCACUUCUACUUUAAAAAUAUGACUUUAUUUUUCCAUUUUUUAUUCAAAGAAGUCGAAAAAAAUAAAGGUAUUAAUUUUCCGAACCACUUCUAGGUUUUCGAAAAGUACCAAAUCCGCGCUCCCGAAUCUGGGAACCCGUUGACUGAGCCAGUCGCUUUCAACCUCAUGUUCCCCACACCGAUCGGUCCAGUCGGCGGCGAGAAAGGUUUCCUGAGACCUGAAACUGCUCAGGGCACUUUCCUGAACUACAAGUUCUGCAAGGAACAGAAUGGUGAGCGCAUGCCAUUUGGCAUCGCGCAAAUUGGCAAGGUCUUCCGAAACGAAAUCGCGCCAAGAGCCGGCUUGACGCGGAUGCGUGAAUUCCAGCAGGCUGAAAUCGAAUGGUUCAUCAAGCCUGGCGCAUACGACCAUCCGAAAUACUGCGAAAUCAAAGACUUGAAGAUUUGCUUGUACUAUUCCUUUUGAAGGAUGUUAAGAUAGAGUUCUUCUUGUUUAAGAGGAUUUUUGUUUGAAAAACCAUUUUUCAUUUCUGUUGAACAACAGCACAUCUUCAAGCACUUUCUCCAUCAGGAACCGGUCGACCAAAAAAUGAAUAUUCAAAUCAGGUUCGGCGAGGCCGUCCAGCUGGCUGGUGAGGAGCCAAAGGCCGUUUCCAUCCAGGAAGCAUUGGAUACUGGCAUCAUCCGUGACGCCAAUCAGACCAUGGGUUAUUUCAUCGCUCGAACGUUUUUGUUCCUCGUCAAAAUCGGCUGCAAUCCUGAGCACAUCCGCUUCCGGCAGCAUCUUAAAACCGAGAUGGCACACUACGCCUGCGAUUGCUGGGAUGCAGAGACACUCACUUCCUACGGUUGGUUGGAGAUCGUUGGAAUCGCCAACAGAUCUUGCUAUGACUUGAACGCUCAUGCCAACGCCACAAAGCAGGAUCUGAAGGUCAGAGAGACUCUGCAGGACCCGGUUGAGGUCGAUAAGACGGAAUUGACUAAGGAGUCUGCGAAGUUGAUCAUGCAGCAUUUGAAGAAAGCUGGCAAACCGACAAAGGAGGCCUUGGAAGCUAUGGACUACGAGUCCCUUAGAGCGUUGCAAGCCAAGGCAGACGCUGGAGAAGCGGUGUCAGUUACAGUGGCUGACGAAACUCACGAAAUUCCAGCUGAGAAAUUCAAGACAACUACGAAGAAGGAGAAAGUGACGACAAUCAGCUAUACACCAGGUGUCAUCGAACCGGCAUUCGGCAUUGAUCGUAUGAUGUUCAGCGUAUUCGAACACACAUACCAGGAGAGGCCGGCGGACGUACUUCUUGUUAUAGAGGACACUUCAUUUUGAUUUGAAUUUGAUAAUCUGGUGUUGGAUUACAAUGAUCGAUGUUCUUUUAAGCUUAAGGGUUGAAACAUUUCAUUUUUUUUUUACAAGCCUUCUCUAGUACUUGAGAUGGCUACUAAAAAAUGAGUUGUUUCAACCCUCACUUCUUCAUGAAAAUUCACGCACAACAUCUUGAUCGCGAAAUCUACUCACCUACUAGAAGGUCAUCAACAUCUUCAUCCACCUAAUGUUCAUCAAACUAAAACUGAACAGCCCAACGCCGCUGCUGACGCUCAGAAGCGUGCCUACCUCCGCCUUCCCGCCAACAUGGCCCCGUACAAGUACACGAUCCUCCCAGUCGACAACAAGGUGAAGCGCCAUGACCGAUUUGCUUCCGUUGUGAAGCAACUCAAAAAGGACUUUGCUGUCCUCAACUGUGCUGGCACUCUCGAUGACACUGGCGCUACUAUCGGCAAACGCUAUGCACGUAAUGACGAACUCGGUAUUCCAUUUGCGAUUACCAUCGAUUUGGAUACCUUCGAACUGAACGCGGCAACAGUCAGAGAACGCGACAGUUGCGGUCAGAUCCGAGUCCCGCUGAACGAUAUCCCCGGUUUGAUUUGCAAGUUGUUUGAGGGCAGCUUGACCUUCGCUCAAGCGCAAAAGAGCUACUCCGCAGUCGAAAAUCAGGCUUCGCAGCUAGUCGGCAUCGCGGUGGCGAACUAAGUAGAUUUUUGACGUAGUAGUAGUGGCAAAAAUUGUGCAGUUCAUCUGUCAGAACCAACAAGUAAAUAAAAAUAGUAGAGGAAGAGGCUCUUCUAUCUUGGGACCACCACUAAUCGCUAGUAUCGAAGAUGUCAAACGAUCAUGUGGUGCAAUCGUGUAGUAGAAUUCUUUUUCUACACAAUCGUAAACUCUUCUAUCUUCUAAAAACAAGGUUCAUCGCGAAGCGUUGAGCGUGAGCGUAAAAUCGGAUCGUUCCUGCUGUGCCGGUCUUUGAUCGGGACGACGAGAUUCGAUUUUUGUUUCGUUUUGUCGAGCGGAUCUCCUGCACCAUCUCCGAAUCCAAUCGUGUAUCUAAAGAUAGCUCCUAGUUCUUGAUGAAGAUGAAUAUGGUCGUAUCCUCAUCAUUAUUCACAAUUUGACAAUCAACGCAAUUAUGUUGUUAGAAGAGCUGCAGCACAUGGCAACAAGAUUGUUCUGAUUCGCAAUUGUCAUUCAGCGCCCAUCUGAACAACAUAAACGCACGCGCUGCACAAAAAGGAUUUGUAGAUUGAGAUUGAAUUGUCAACAACCAGACUGCUUCCCAGCAGUUUUCAACCUGUGAUGACUCGCGCUGAAGAAUACAAGAAUUAAUACAAGAAAAGCCAACAAGUAUACUGGAACUGG